UCUAUGGACUAUGAUUGUUCAACUUGCGUGAAUCGAUUGUGCAUUCCACACUUGUAUUUUUUGCGAUUUCUAUAUUUAGCUGUGACUUUAUUGUGUAUUUCCAAAGCUUUGUUUAGCGAGCAACUUUAAAAGGUUGUCCAAGCAGAGACAGGUUUCACCAGUGUUAUCCGGAAAGGUAGUAAAAACGGCUUCCAACAAGUUAAACGACAAAGAGCAACCCAACUACAACACAAUGUAUCAGUCGCAAGGCGGGUACCCACAGGGUGGGUAUCCACAACAGGGGGGCUACCCACCUCAGGGGGGCUACCCCCCACAAGGGGGCUACCCAGCACAAGGGGGCUACCCAGCCCCCGGAAGCUAUCCUCCUCCCCAACCAGGCUUCCAACCGGCUUACGGGGCUGGCGGAUAUGGCGAGCCGGCCGGCUACCCCGCGGGACAGGGCUCCAACUUCGGCGAGGACGCGGACGUUAAAGGCUUCGAUUUCACCGAGCAGAGCAUCCGGAAAUCGUUUAUACGGAAGGUGUACGCGAUCCUGAUGUCUCAGCUGCUGGUGACGCUGGCUUUCAUCACGCUGUUCGUCUACCACCAGCCCACCAAGCUCUGGGUCCAGAAGAAUCCGUUUAUGUUCUGGGUGGCAUUCGCGCUGGUCUUCAUAUGCCUCAUAGCCAUGGCCUGCUGCGGCAGCGUGCGUCGUCAGGCGCCGCUCAACUUCAUCUUCCUGGGCAUAUUCACCGUCGCCGAGAGCUUCCUACUGGGUGUCACCUCCAGCAUGUACUCCAGUGACGCGGUAAUGAUGGCGGUGGGUAUAACUGCGGCGAUCUGUCUCACGCUGACGCUAUUCGCGAUGCAGACCAAGUGGGAUUUCACCACCAUGGGCGGCGUGCUGUUGUGCUGCACUGUCGUGUUGCUGCUGUUCGGUCUCAUCGCCAUGUUUAUCCCGAGGAACAACAUCGUGACACUUGUCUACGCGUCUCUUGGCGCCCUACUCUUCUCAUUCUACCUGAUCUACGACACCCAGCUGAUGAUGGGCGGCAAACACAAGUACAGCAUCUCGCCAGAGGAGUACAUCUUCGCUGCCCUAAACCUGUAUCUCGACGUCAUCAAUAUCUUCAUCUACAUCCUCACCAUUAUCGGCGUAGCCAGAGAUUAAAGUGGCUGGUUUGGUGGCUGAAUCUGAUGGGAGAACUUUUUAAUUUAUUUUUGUGAUUGUAUUACACAGGGUGUAACAAAACCA